GGACCGAGGAACAGCGCCCGGCUCCCGGGGCUGCCCAAGGAGAAGUGGGAGUGAGAAGCCGGAGGGGGCGGCGGCGGCGGCGGGCGGGGGCGCCGCGAAGUGCCCAAGCUUCUCGCCUUCCCGGGCGGCGCCCCGGCCGCCGCAGCCUCGUGGCGCUCAGCCCGCUCCGCCGCACUCGGCACUCGCGCACCAUGUGCCAGUCGACCCGGCCCUGGGCGCUGCUGGCGCUGCUGGCUCUGGGAGGUGCGGGGCUGUGCCAGGCUGGCCCGCAGCCUGGCUACCCAGCCCGGCCCAGCGCCAGGAACAAGAACUGGUGCGCGUACGUCGUGAACAAGAACGUGAGCUGCUCGGUGCUGGAAGGCAGCGAGAGUUUUAUUCAGGCGCAGUACAACUGUCCCUGGAACCAGAUGCCCUGUCCGUCGGCACUGGUGUACCGAGUGAACUUCAGACCGCGCUACGUCACCAGGUACAAGACGGUGACACAGCUAGAGUGGAGGUGCUGCCCUGGCUUUCGAGGGGGAGACUGCCAAGAAGGUCCCCGAGACCCGGGGUGGAUGCUGCGCCCCACACCUGCCCGGCCACGAAGCAGUGUGAAGAAAGCCACAGAUAAUGAACCAACCCAAGUCUCAGCGCCUAAGAAGACGGGGUCACCAACUCAAGCGACAGAGCCGGGUCGGGCAGUAGACCCAAAGCAGGGGCUCCAGGACCUCCAGGACAAGAAACUCCAGGUGCUUGAGGAGAAGGUCCUCCGCCUCACCAGGACAGUCCUCGACCUUCAGUCUUCCAUCGCUGGAGCAAGUGAAAACCCCAAACACGCCGUCCAGGGUGAUGGCCAGAAGACACCACAGUCAGUGCCCGCCCGCGACCUUGCUGGAGACACUGCAACGGUCCGAUUUCCUGGCACCCCCAGCACUAAGGAAGCGGGCAUGAAGGACAUCAAGUCGGAAUUGGCUGAAGUCAAAGACACGCUGAAGACCAAGAGUGACAAACUGGAAGAGCUGGAUGGGAAAGUGAAGGGCUACGAAGGGCAGCUCAAACAGCUCCAAGAGGCUGCCCAGGGGCCCACGUUGACCAUGACCCCCAACGAGCUCUACCAAGCCUACGUGGACAGCAAGAUUGACGCCCUGAGGGAGGAGCUCAUGGAGGGCAUGGACAGGAAGCUGGCUGACCUGAAGAACUCCUGUGAGUACAAGCUAGUUGGCCUGCAGCAGCAGUGUGAUGACUAUGGCAGCAGCUACCUGGGAGUGGUAGAGCUCAUCAGCGAAAAGGAGGCAAGCCUGAGAAAAGACAUUGGUGACCUCCGGGCCCGGCUGCAGGGUCCUUCCGCCCAACCCAACUGCUGUGAGGGCGCAGAGAACGGGGACUUUGGCCAACAGAUUAAGUCAUUAGACCAGAAAAUCGAGAGAGUGGCCGAGGCCACCAGGAUGCUGAAUGGCCGCCUGGACAAUGAGUUUGACCGUCUCACCGUUCCCGAAGCAGAUGUAGAUUUCGAUGCAAGGUGGAAUGAACUUGAUGCCCGGAUCAACGUGACCGAGAAGAAUGCCGAAGAGCAUUGCUUUUACAUUGAGGAAACGCUUCGGGGUGCCAUUAACGGAGAGGUGGAUGACCUGAAGCAACUUCUGCAUCAGAAAAUAAACUCUCUGGAGGACCGCCUGGGGAGCGUUCUGCAGGUGGUCAACACCACGGACGCCGACUUUAUCCCUUCAGGGUCAGCCCUGCCAGGGGUGUCCGCAUCAGGGAACGAACAGGUCAUGAUGGAAUUAAACCACCUGAAGGACAAGGUUCAAGUGGUCGAGGAUAUUUGCCUGCAGAACUUCCAGAGGGAGCCGCACGAGAUCGAAGCUGCUCUGCCGAGUGGAGCUGACCUCACGGCAGAGGAAGGCUGGGGCCUCUUGAAGGCUCUCAAUGAGACGAUGCACAGGAAGUUUCAAGAAACUGAACGCCACCUCCAACAACUCCAGGAGGGUUUUCAUUUCCUUUAUUCUCAAUUAAACCAAACAGGAAGUGAUGUGAAUCAUCUCCAGGAUCAAGUGAGCAAUUGUAGAGCAGGUGAAAAGGCCGGAGCUGGCGGGUUUAGUAAGGUGGGUGAGCCAGCACAGACAGAGGAGACCCUCCCGUCUCCCCAGGACCCCGGGGCUCAGUGCUGCGGCCAGCUGGAGGACAAGUGGCAGAAGCUGCAGAAUCAGGUCUUGGCUGAACUGGACGUGUGCAAGCAGAGCGCACACGGCCUGCAGAGGGACGUGUCCGUGGUCGAGGGCCGCGUGUCGCAGAUGGAGAAGACGUGUGGCAAGCUGGACUCGGUCUCGGGAAGUCUCCAGAGGCUCCGGGAGGGGCUCAGCAAGCAUGUCAGUGGCCUGUGGACCUGCAUCCGGCAGAUGAACGGCACACUCAGGUCACACGCCAGGGACAUUUCCGGCCUGAAGAAUUCAGUCCAGAAGUUCUACAGCCAUGUUUUCCAGAUCUCGACCGACUUGCAAGACCUGGUCCAAUUUCAACCAUCCUCAACCGAAGAGCCCUCAGAAGCACCCCAGACCCCUGGGCAACCCUUGCCGCCGGAGACCACCACUGGCCCCCCACAGCUCAGGCUUACGCCACCGCCGCCACCACCACUGCCCAGGCCCAGCAGGCCCGUGCCCCCCAAGGACCCUGCACGGCGGCCACAUGUGGAGCAGCGGCCGGUGCUGCCCAAGUGGCCUGCACAAGGGCUACAGCCUCCGCCAGCCAAGCCUGGUUGGACGGGGCUGCCUUUCCUGCCAGGCUCCACAGGUGUCAUCAUGGAGACGGGAGAGGCCGGGCCUCCAGGAAGGAUAGGCGUGUCAGGCAGGGGCCUGCCCCAGGGGGUGGACGGCCAGACUGGGCAGUCUCCUGUGCCCAGCGCUGAAGGCUACGCGGGUGCCCCAGGGUACCCUCAGUCGCCUCCUGUGGUCUCCCCAGGGGCUCCGGUGCCUUCGCUGGUGUCAUUCUCCGCGGGGCUCACCCAGAAGCCUUUCCCCAGCGAUGGAGGCGUCGUCCUCUUCAACAAGGUGCUGGUGAACGAUGGGGACGUUUACAACCCCAACACAGGGAUCUUCACAGCUCCAUAUGAUGGGCGCUACCUGAUUACAGCCACCCUCACUCCGGAGAGGGACGCCUACGUGGAAGCAGUCCUGUCCGUGUCAAAUGCCAGCGUGGCCCAGCUGCACACAGCUGGGUACAAGAGAGAGUUUCUGGAGUACCACCGGCCCCCAGGGGCCCUGCACACCUGUGGUGGCCCAGGAGCCUUCCACCUCAUCGUGCACCUGAAGGCAGGGGAUGGGGUCAAUAUUGUGGUGACCGGGGGCAGGUUGGCCCACACGGACUUUGAUGAAAUGUACUCCACAUUCAGUGGGGUUUUCUUAUAUCCUUUUCUUUCUCCUCUCUAGGGUGGCUGGGAAGAUGUAAAGGAAUAGUAGUUGUAAAAACUCUGAAGCCUUAAUAUAUUCAGUUAAUAUAUGUAACUGGAGCACUGGUCUAGAUCUUUAUGUCCCACCCUCUGCCCCCAAGAGAAAGGCCUUACCUCACUGUCAAGGCCACCAGGCCUUCCAGGUUCCAGGCAGGCAGCGGGGCAAACUCCUGGUGGCUCUGGGAGCUGAUGUUUCCAUCGCUGUAACUACACACCUGGAAGCCUUGGAAAGGCCCCCUUGCUGGAAGCCAGUUCCUCUCCUUCUGUCUUCGUGGCCUCCAUCUCAUUGCAAGGGUUCCUGAGCUGAACCCUGGUGCUAACUGAGGCUCACACUGCUCCCUAGAAAGCCAAACCAAAGGCUCAUGUCCUGCUGAUGGGGGAGGAAGAGCUGCCUGGUGAAGACUGGUCCCCUAGGCCUGUUCUUGGCUGGAGUGUCACACCACACCCAGCUGCUGGUAUUUAUACUGAAAUGCUCAAGUGAUCUGAGCCACCACACAGACACCAGUAUUUCCACAUGGAGUUCUUCCAUGCUUGCAUCCCCAUUGCUGCCUGGGACUCACCCCUGCUCCCCUCGGCCUUGGCCCACCAACUACAAAAGGGGAUGCACUUGAGACUGUUAUAAACCUUAUUGGGCUCCUUGAAUGAUAUGUACAAUUGAAGUGCAAUGACAGGGAGUGUCAAUAAAAAUAUAAAACCACUUC